GCAAUACUAGAGCUUCUCUUAUUGGAUAUCGAAAUAAACACAAUCCCUUGUGAUUUUUUUGUGAAUAGCACAGGACGUCGAAGCAAUACCUGUUCCCAAGUGACUGCAAAGACAAAAUACGGCCUGGUGGGAACGUAGUCGCCUUUCCACGUCAUGUGGUGGAGGCUUUGGUUUCAAAAUGUCGAGCAUUCUGGGCAAAAUACCUAAAUUUACUCUCAAGUUACCAUCUGCCUUAGCAAAAGCUGGACGUACAAUGUCGGAAUGCCCUUUGGAACUAUCAUUUUCCUUGUGCGAUGAAAGCUCUUGUGCGAAGAAUAAAACAGAAGAACAAAUUCCACUCCAAGUUAAACUUCCACAAGAUUCUGAAAAACCUGAUCCUUUAUAUGAAAAUAGAGAAACUUUAGAAAAAGCUGAUGAAGAAAAGAGUGAAAAGCAAGACAAUAUGGAAGUUACAUGUAGCGUAUCUAUUGAUGGCCAAGAGAAGCAAGAGUUUUCUUUCACCCUUUACGAUUUUGAUACAUGUGAUAAAGCCAACAAACAGGAUGUCGAAAAAGUCGUUGUCCGCUCCAUUUGUGAUGCACUAAAUAAGACUCUGAAAAUCCCUCCGUCUGGAAGCCGAACCAUCAAAGUAAAACUCGCCAUAUCUCCUGACAGCAGCAAGGAUGUAGACACGAAGGAUCCGACCGCCGAACCCGAGUGGCCCGCGGAACCACCCAAGAUACCCGCGCCGUCCAAGAUGAACGACUGUUGCAGUGCUCAAAGUGCAAACACCACGUCAACUUACUUGCCAUCUUCUCAUUCAGAAAAACCGCCCAAGUAUUCCAGUCCAUCUGCAACAAGAUCUCCUCAACUAGUGCGAAUGUCCACCUCUGAUGUGAGGGCCAUGCCUUCGCCAAAGAUGCGUGCUGCGAGACUGAAUCGGCAUAAACAUGAACUGAAAAAUAGCCUCAGGGAAAGAAUUGCUAUGCAAAUGAAUGCCAGUGAUAAUAGGCAUAAGCAAGCAGAUAUUGCUCAAAGUGUACCUGAGGAUCAUCAGCAUCACAAACAUCCUACGAACCGUGAUCAUGUCCCAGAGUGUCGUGAUCGUAGGAACCAUUACCUUGAUUUGGCAGGCAUAGAAAGUCCUAAACACGAUGCCUCACAAACUAAACCAACAAUGGAUGCAUCUUAUAGUCAUCGAAUGGACCCCAAGUACAUCUGCCCAUAUCGCAUUUUAGAUCGAACUCAUGUUUGUUCAAAAUCUCAUAGAACUCGAGACAAUCAUAGCACUCCUGUGAAGAAGCCAUCUUAUCCGAAACAAAACGUAGAAGGAGAGGGUACGCCACGUAUGUACAGGACUAAAAUAAACCCUGAUCCACAAGAUGAUCUGUUAAAUCUAAACUUUGACUUAUGUGAUCUAGACCCAGAUGCUAAAUUUGACUGGGAAAGACCACAACAUCGGCGAUCAAAAUCAUAUGAUUUGUAUGAGAACGAUUUGACAAACCCUGGUGGACUGUAUUCUCCCAAAUUGAAGCCAAGAAAUAAUCCAAACUGGUCUUCAAUUUUGGAAAGUCAAAAACUUUCCAACCAUUUGCCAUCCUCUCCAGGACAUCAUUACCGCCAUAGACACCGUGACAAAGAAAAAGAAAGAGCCAUGCAACAAGUUGCUAACUGGAUUGCUCGUGAACAUUUUAAUUCCAAAUCAGAAUCUAAUAAACGUUUUUCGUCAAACAGUGUGUCUCCAAAAUCUGCUCAAGGACCACUUGUUGAAAGGCACGAACACCACCAUCUUCAUGAACAUGUUCAUCACCAUUAUCAUCAUUUUGUUGAGUUUUGA